AUGGAUCCUUCUCUCUCGCAACCCCAGAUUCCCGUCGUAGAUUUCGCGGGGUGGACCUCGGGCGGCCCCAAUCGCCAACAUGUUGCGCAAGAGAUUGUCGCUGCUUGCAAGAAAGUGGGGUUCGUGUAUAUCAUCAACCACUCCCUCCCAGGUACCCUCCUGGAUGAAGCAUUCCACUGGUCUAGGCUCUUUUUCGAGCUGCCCAUGACAGAAAAGCUACGUGCUCCUCAUCCUGAUGGAUGGGCUGUGCACCGAGGUUAUUCGAGGCCAGGGCUGGAGAAGGUCUCACAGGCUGUGAGCGCGGACAAUGAUGAAGAGCGGGCUGCACAGUUGAGAGAGGUUCCUGAUAUCAAGGAAAGUUACGACAUCGGCAGCGAAGAGAAUCCAACACAGCCGAAUCAAUGGAUCCCCGAAGAUACUCUCCCUGGAUUCCGUGGUUUCUUGAAUCGAUUCUACUGGGAGGGAUUCCGCGUGGGAGGCGAAAUCCUGCAGGCUCUAGCAGUAGGCCUCGGCCUUGACGACGAGAAUCACUUACUGCAAAAGCAUUCGGGACAUAACAACCAGCUUCGACUUUUGCACUAUCCACCCGUACCAGCCGAUGCGUUGGAACAACAGCGGGCAGCCCGUUGCCCUGCACAUACGGACUGGAGCUCCAUUACCUUGCUCUUCCAGGAUGACUGCGGGGGUCUAGAGGUAGAGGAUGUCAACAAUCCUGGUCAUUUUAUCCCAGCGACUCCGAUCAAAAAUGCCAUCGUGAUGAAUGUGGGUGAUCUCCUGCAGAGAUGGAGCAAUGACCAGUUAAGGUCCACUAGCCAUCGAGUCACACUCCCUCCUCUUGCCGAUCGAAUCGAAGGCGAGGAUCGUAUCACCCGUAGACGGUUCUCGAUUCCGUACUUUAUGGCGCCUGAUCCCGAGUCGGUGAUUGAGUGUAUCCCGGCUUGUAUGGGUCCUGACCAGCCGGCCAAGUAUGAACCGAUCACACAGGCGGGGUAUAAUCAGAUGCGGGCCUCGAUGCAGUAUUGA